AGUUUCUUCGUCUGGGUGACUUCCAAGGACUUCCAACAGGUGGACUAUGAUCCGGCUGCAGCGUCGGACUCCUUCGUGGGCCUCCUACGCAACGUGAAGGCGGGCAAAGUGUCGGCGAACGAACUCUUCCACGAACUCUGUCGGCAAGUCGUUGCGCCCAUCCCACCUCAGGUGGCCGACAGGUUUGCUGGUAUUCCAUGUCACUUCAUCUCGGGAAGGUCCAAGGGAGCUGGUUACCGGCCUGGAAUGACUCUUAGCGAAAACUCCCUCUUUCGAAACACCUGGCUGGCUGUCUACGUGGCCAAAUCCUGGCGUUUCAUCAAUUGCAACUGGGCUGCCCGUUAUCGAUGUGUUGGAAAUAUCCCAGACCUUACAUCAAAAGCCUCGGGCCCGCAAAUUCGCUUCCAGUGA